CAAGCACAAAACAAACCUAAGCUCUCAAUUGUGGUUCUGGUUGAAUCUAUUACACCAACCUCCUCCCCUCUUCCCCUUACCACUCUCUCACGUUACGAGCCUUUUAUCCACACAUCCAUCUCACCUCACAGAGAAACCAUUACCACCCUCAAAAUGGCCUCCACAUCCACCACCAACGGCGACUCCUUCACCGUCAAGGCCGGUCUCGCCCAGAUGCUUAAGGGCGGUGUCAUCAUGGACGUCACCACCCCCGCCGAGGCUCGCAUCGCCGAAGAGGCCGGCGCCUGCGCCGUCAUGGCUCUCGAGCGCAUCCCCUCCGACAUCCGCGCCGCCGGCGGCGUAGCGCGCAUGUCCAACCCGUCCAUGAUCAAGGAAAUCCAGGCCGCGGUCACCAUCCCCGUCAUGGCCAAGGCCCGUAUCGGCCACGUGACCGAGUGCCGCAUCCUGGAGCAGCUGGGCGUCGACUACAUCGAUGAGAGCGAAGUCUUGACCCCGGCCGAUGACACGUACCACGUGCAAAAGGACCAGUUCAAGGCUCCCUUUGUCUGCGGAUGCAGGAACUUGGGCGAGGCGCUCAGGAGAAUCAAGGAGGGCGCGGCCAUGAUCAGGACCAAGGGUGAGGCCGGCACGGGAGAUGUCGUCGAGGCGGUGAAGCACAUCAGGACCGUCAACGCCGAGAUUGCUCAGGCUAAGGCGGCGUUGGCCAGUGGUGGUGAGCUGGCGGUGGCCAAGAUGGCGAGGGAGAUCGGUGCCGAUGUUGAGCUCCUCAAGAAGACUGCUGAGCUCGGAAGGCUGCCGGUGGUCAACUUUGCUGCCGGAGGUGUGGCGACGCCCGCGGACGCGGCGCUCAUGAUGGAGUUUGGGUGCGAUGGUGUGUUUGUGGGUAGCGGUAUCUUCAAGGAUGCCAAGACGCCUGAGCACGCGUUGCAGAGGGCGAGGGCGGUUGUCAAGGCUGUGGCUAACUGGAAUGACUAUGGUGCGUUGGUUGAGGCGUGCAUUGAGCACGGUGAGGCUAUGAAGGGUAUCAGCAAUGCGGGUAUGAAGCCCGAGGAGAGAAUGGCUGGAAGGGGUUGGUAGAGAGUGUGAGGAUGUGGUGAUGUUGAUAGCAUGUUUGAUUUAUAUAAAAGCACAGUCAGAACUAAAAAGGGGCUCGGAACGGCACCCAGGAGAUGGUUGAGUUGCAACCCCGAGGAGCUUCUGCCGUUAGUUACACGAUAUGAAUAUGAUGAGAGAACUGUUCAAGCCAUGGCUUUAUUACCC